AUGGCUCUCCUCACUCGUAAGAUUGGCAGCACUAAUGUCUCCGCACUUGGCUUUGGUGCGAUGGGUAUUGCCGCAUUCUAUGCCACCGCCAUUAGCGAAGCGGAACGCUUCAAGCUUCUAGACGCUGUAUACGCGAGCGGUUGUACCAACUGGGACACUGCUGACGCGUACGGUGACAGCGAGAUCUCUAUUGGCAAAUGGCUCAAGAGGACGGGAAAGCGCAACGAGAUAUUCCUCGCUACGAAGUUCGGCCUGGCUGCUGGUAUCCCCGGCCGCGUGGUCUGCGGCGACCCCGAUUACGCCCCGAAGGCGCUCGCCAAAUCUCUCGAACGGCUCGGCGUGGACUACGUUGACCUCUGGUACCUCCAUCGCGCGGACCAGACUGUGCCUAUUGAGCUGACCGUACGCGCUAUGGCCGAGCAAGUGAAGGCUGGGAAGGUCAAAUAUCUCGGCUUAUCUGAAAUAUCGGCGGACACCUUGCGCCGUGCCCACGCUGUGCAUCCCAUCGCGGCCAUUCAAGUCGAGUACUCGCCUUUCACGCUCGACAUCGAGGACGAGAAAAUCGGACUUCUCAAGACUGCGCGCGAGCUCGGCGUGGCCGUCGUGGCCUUCUCGCCCCUCGGGCGUGGCCUGCUUACCGGCAAGAUGCGGUCCCCUGCGGACCUCAACGAAGGCGACAUCCGUCUGCAGCUGCCCCGUUUCUCCAAGGAGAACUUCCCGAAGGUGCUCCAGGUCGUCGACGGCAUCCACGCGGUGGCGAAGAAGUACAACGCGACGGCCGGCCAGGUCACUCUCGCGUGGCUGCUCGCGCAGGGCGACGACAUUAUUCCGAUCCCGGGCACCACUCGCAUCCCCAAUUUCCAGGAGAACAUCGCGUCACUACAGGUGAAGCUAUCGCAGGAGGACAUUGACGAGAUCCGUAGGCUGGCGGUGGUGGCGAACAGCACGAUCGGCGAGCGGUACCCUGCGCAGUGGCAGGCGCUCAGCAUGGCGGACACCCCGCCGCUGCCGAAGGCGUAA